AUGUUAAGAUCUCCACCAUCUGAUUAUCACCGAACUAAUUCGGCUCCACAGAUAAAUGAUACCAACGAUGACCAGUCGCUAAUUGGCAACAUAACAAUUCGUGGAGAAAAACGUCGCCGAUUAUCGAGCGAACAGAUGAUAGAUAUGACAUCCUUUAGGACACAAAUGCAGGAAAUGCUUUCCCAAAUGUUUGAAACAUUUUCAGAAAAACAAAGCCUGCUUUUUGAUGAUUUACAUAUGCGAAUCAAUGACAUCGACACCAAAUUAACCUCGGUGCAAACAUCCAACCAAGAAAUUGAGUCCAAAUUGUCUACCCUCAAUGAGCAAGUCUCUUCGAUGCAAAAUAAACUUUUAGAAAUAGAUGAUGAACAAAAAUCAUUAAGCGACAAACUGAUUAAGCUGGAUAUUAGGUUAAGUGGCGUUGAACGGUCAUAUAAAAAAACCUGUAUCGAAAUAAGAAAUACCCCAAAAGUUUUGAACGAAAAGAAAAAUGACCUUUUCAAUAUGGCAUAUAAUUUGACAAAGUUUCUCGGUAUGGAACAUUUAAAAGAUCGCAUACGCGAUGUGCAUCGAUUCCCCGCUUACAAAAAUUCUUCAGCUUCAACAAUAAAUAUUGAAUUUUCGGACACACUAACUAAAUGGAAUAUUUUAAAGGCCGCUAAGCAGUACAAUAGAGAAAACCCAAGUGCAAAAUUAAACAGUGUUCAUUUAAAAAUAAACAGUUCCCAAACACCGUUGUACAUCUCGGAAUCAUUGUCACAAUGUACGAAGCAGUUAUACUACCUAACUCGGCAAUUCAUAAAAACCGAAGGAUAUUUAUUCUGCUGGGUUAUAAAUGACAAAGUCUACAUAAGAGAAAAGGAAGGUGCACCCCAUAUACUUGUGAAAAGUGAAGAACAUCUACAACUCCUAAAAAAAUGA